UUCCCUGCCGGAUUAUCCCCCCAGUUCGCUGUCCCUGUCCCUCCCUCCGCGUUUAUGCUCCUCCGCAGCCUCGCCUCUCGGGGAUUAUCUCCUCUCCCUUUGGGGUGAUUCUUCCUCUCCUGAUCCCUGCCCCGGCCUUUCCCUGCCUAUCUUCUACCCGAGGAAGUCAACCCUCCCCUUCCGUCUGCCUCUGACUGGGGAAAGGGGCGAAAAUGUGGUUGUGAUCAGCCAUGCAGCAGGUCUUAGACAACCUUACUGAUCUGCCGACAUCGACAGGCGCUGAAGAAAUAGACCUGAUUUUUCUUAAAGGAAUUAUGGAAAACCCUAUCGUAAGAUCACUUGCUAAGGCUCACGAGCGACUGGAAGAUUCUAAACUUGAGGCUGUCAGUGACAACAACCUGGAGCUGGUGAAUGAAAUUCUUGAAGACAUCAGUCCCUUAGUAAAUAAGGAUGAAAAUGUUGCAGAAUUGGUUGGAAUACUCAAGGAGCCUCAUUUUCAGUCACUCUUGGAAGCACAUGAUAUUGUGGCUUCAAAAUGUUACGAUUCCCCUCCUUCUAGCCCGGAAGUCAAUAAUUCUUCAGUGAACAACCAGGUUGUUCCAGUAGAUGCUAUUCGUAUCCUUGGAAUUCACAAAAGAGCAGGAGAACCACUGGGAGUCACGUUUAGAGUUGAGAACAACGAUCUGGUAAUAGCCCGAAUUCUUCACGGAGGAAUGAUAGAUCGGCAAGGUCUUCUGCAUGUAGGUGACAUUAUUAAAGAGGUGAAUGGCCACGAGGUUGGAAACAAUCCAAAAGAACUACAAGAGCUGCUGAAAAACAUCAGUGGAAGUGUCACUUUGAAAAUUCUCCCCAGCUACAGAGACACAGUCGUUCCUCAACAGGUUUUUGUGAAGUGUCAUUUUGAUUAUAAUCCAUAUAAUGACAACCUCAUCCCAUGCAAAGAAGCAGGUUUGAAAUUUUCUAAAGGAGAAAUUCUUCAGAUUGUAAACCGGGAAGAUCCGAACUGGUGGCAGGCCAGUCAUGUCAAAGAAGGAGGAAGUGCAGGUCUAAUUCCUAGCCAGUUCCUGGAAGAGAAGAGAAAGGCUUUUGUUAGGAGAGACUGGGACAACUCAGGGCCUUUCUGUGGAACAAUAAGCAGCAAAAAAAAGAAAAAGAUGAUGUAUCUCACUACAAGAAAUGCAGAAUUUGAUCGCCAUGAAAUCCAGAUAUAUGAGGAAGUAGCCAAAAUGCCUCCUUUUCAGAGAAAAACCCUGGUCUUGAUUGGGGCCCAAGGAGUGGGGAGAAGGAGUUUGAAGAACAGGUUUAUUGUGCUGAAUCCUACUAGAUUUGGAACUACAGUGCCAUUUACUUCACGAAAGCCAAGGGAUGAUGAAAAAGAUGGGCAAGCGUACAGAUUUGUGUCACGAGCCGAAAUGGAGACGGAUAUUAAAGCUGGCAGAUACUUAGAGCAUGGAGAAUAUGAAGGAAAUCUUUAUGGCACAAAAAUUGAUUCCAUCCUUGAAGUUGUUCAGACAGGAAGGACCUGCAUCUUGGAUGUAAAUCCACAGGCCCUAAAAAUACUGAGGACUUCAGAAUUCAUGCCCUAUGUGGUGUUUAUUGCUGCUCCAGAGUUGGAGACUUUGCGAGCUAUGCACAAGGCUGUGGUAGAUGCUGGAAUUACAACCAAACUUCUCACUGACACUGAUCUGAAAAAAACAGUGGAUGAGAGUGCCCGGAUCCAGCGAGCCUACAACCACUACUUUGACCUGACCAUUGUAAAUGACAACCUGGACAAAGCCUUUGAGAAGCUGCAGACGGCCAUCGAGAGACUGAGGCUGGAGCCCCAGUGGGUCCCCAUCAGCUGGGUCUACUGAGCUGCUCCAACGGGAGCUUAAGUAACAAAUAAAGUCAACAGCAGCAAAUGUGACGUGUAGAUACUGAUGAUAACCUGCAGCACCUGUGCAUUUUUACUCUGUGUAUAUUCAAAAGUACACUGUUCUGAAUUUUUAUAAAAAUGUUGAAGAGAAAGUGUACUUAGAUAUGUAAUUUAUUUUAAUUUUUCUAACUUUUUACGGAUAACCUUUCUAUUCAUAUCACAUGAAGGAAAUGCGUUUAAGCAUUUUUCUAUGUUUUGAUUUAGUACCUUUGCCUUUUUCAUCUAAGAAACUUUCAUUCACUUCAACAUUUACAUCUUGGUCUUACAUUUUCACUGUGAUUAAAAAAGGAUACUUGAAACAAUUUUUGUAAAAUUUGUUAAUGUCAGUGUUUAACUGAUCAAAAGUCUAUAGCUCUUAUUAGGAAAGAACACUAAUUUCUUUGGGGUUUUUUUUCUUCUUUAAAAAAUAAUACUUUCAGGGGAACAGAAUUUUAAAUAUUUGAAGCAGUAACAAAAACACAGGUCCAGUUGCUCCAGCCGCUUUCAGCUUAAUGUUGGUGCAUUCCUGAUGUUUCACAAGUUCUUGAUAUCUCUCGAUUUAGAUAAUUUUUGUGUAGGUUCCCUUAUAUCUGUCUCCUGAAAUAACAUAGAGCAAUACCUUGCAAGCUGCUUACUAGGCUUUCUUGGGAGCCAACCUGUUACCCAUUACAGUUGAAGUACUGACAUUAGAAAGUCACAUGCAAGGUAAUUCAGUGCAAUUUGAAUAAUGGUGAAGUAGCUUGAGAGAGAACCUGAUAAUGUGGAGCUUGUAGGUGACACUUAAUGUUUAGGACUAUUUAUUCACAUUUGUGAAAACACAUUGCUUAAAAAAAGAAAAAAGGCAUUUUCUUUUGUUAGGACAUUGUUCUGUAUUUGUAUAGUGAUCUGUGGCUUCAUUUCCUGUGAUGUCUAGCUGGAUUCUAAAUUCCUUUUACAUAUUUGUGUGUGAUCAACUGCUGUAUUUUAUGAGUGUUGUGUAAUGGCAUUUCUGUGCUUUUUCUUACAUUGUUUUUAAUUGCAUUUUUCAUUAGAUAGCUUGUGAAUUAGAAACUUUCUGCUAAGAAGCAAUGUUGCUUAUGAGUUUUUUGUUUACAGUGUAUUUCCUUUUUAGUGACAAUUAUCCCCUCAGUAGGCUGAUUGAUAUAAUUCUUAUUAGGUUCAGGUUCAUUGAUCAAAACUUAAGCUGAUGUAAAUUUCUGCUUAGUGAGAACAGGAUGAAAAUACAGCUUAUUGCUCAGAUGAGCUCUUUUUGUGACCAUGUUUUAUAUGACACUGUCAGCUGUUGUAUAUAGUCACAUUCACCAUCACAUACUGGGCUAGGUGUCUAAACUGAAGUCAUCUGUUUAAUUCCUCUUCCAUCUGGUGACAGGCACCUGGCUUCUGGAUUCUUUUCCAACACCAAACUGUGACCCGGAAUGCUAUCAAAAGGCAUCUUCCUCAGAGCUAUUUCUGGAGGAAGACAGGCCUAGACACUGUAAAACAGCAUUGCUUCCUGGGGCUCUCAAAAGACUUUCAUGUGCACAAGGAAAAGAAAAAAUGGAGUGGAUGCAGUACAGGAAAACUGUGUUUAAAAAAACCUUCAAAACACCUGUAUACAACAGGUGGUUUUCACACAGCCUGUAAAGUUGUUUGUUGUGGGGGAAGAGGAGCAGAGGAGACUUGAAAUCCCAGUGCGUGUGGAAAAAGUUAAACUUGUGUAUAGCACAGGAGAUCUUUGUGGCUCUUAAUACUGAGAUUUCAGUCUUUCAGAGGGAAUAUUAAAUUCUCCAAGGAAAAUUCGUACCACUGCUUUUUUUUAUUGUCAUGCUUUCCAGGAUGUGUUUUCUCUGGUUUUGUUCAAGUUUGGCAGAGCUCUUAAAUGUGGCACCAGCAUGGGUCUUGUAGUUUUCUUUCCCAGGAGACACGUUCUGUGAUCCUAUUGCUCAGAGGCUGCUUUGAGAAGUGGAUGGAGUGUUGUGUGUAGCAGCAGAUGAUGGCAGGGCUGUUGCUUGGCUAUUUCAGUAGCUUGCUUUCGGCACUCUGUGCUCAGUAUGACUGAGCUGUGUUUGUGUACUGUGUCAUGGGACACCUCCAUGUGCUGUAAAUAAGAUGUGCUGUUUGGACAGAUAAGAUGCCUUUUCAUUAUCAGUUAGAAAUCCUCUUAUUUGUGAUGCCAAAAGUAGGCUGACUUCACUCUUCCCUAAUGAAUGGAACAAGAAGAUUCUUCAGUUUACUCACCACAGUACUUCAUAUUGCAAACAUCACUUAUUUUCAUCUUUUUUCCAUAAAUUUACUGAACCAAGCACAUGAAACACAGCCACCAAGGUUUAGUCAGGAAAGCUUCUCUCUGAUCAUUCUAUUUCCAUCCCAGGGAGAACACUGUCAAGAGAGUUUCCCUAGUUGGCAAUCUCCAAAAUAGCCACGUAUUUGCUAAAGCCUAAAGCUUUAAUGUUUGCUACAGGCUCACACUGUGUGCUUAAAUCAGGCAGUGGAGCAUGGUGGCUGAGCUUUGGGGGGUGGUGGUGGUGUAGAUGGCAGUGAGCAGUUCUACAGUGCACUUGUGAAGCAGUAAGAGAAGGUGACUUGCUUGGGUUGG